AUGCUGAAUGCUGUGAAUAUUGAGGCCAAGCAAGCGCUUGCACUCAACCAGAGCAUCACCCGAGAGUCAUCGUUGUCCCAGGUUCUGCAAAUUGUCUUUGACAGCUUGAAGGAUGCCAUGCCACAAUCGUGGGUUGCUUUGGCUGCAGAUGUGAGCGAAAUGCUGGUUGUCCGACUCGGGCUCGUGCCAGAGGCUGAAAAGCUCUUCUUGAGCCGCAAGGACUUGCUGGAGAGAUUCAUUUCGCUCAGGCCGCAGUACGCGCUGACAAUGCUCCGCGACCUUGGCAAGUUGAACAAGACUACCUUUGGACCAAGCGUGAACUUACUUGUCAGCUCACUCCAGGUUGACAUCACGAAUUCCAUGAAGCUGGCAGCCUCAAAGGGGAAAACCGACGCAACGGCUGCUGCGGCUGCAGACCAAGCAGCUUCAGCUUGCGCUAUCCCAAAACCGCACAAGGUUGCAUUGUUGAUUCCAGGGUUCGACGCUUUGCAAAGUCCUGAAACAUGGUCGAGGAACUGGGCAAGCCUGUUGAAUUCCAAGACACAAGAAGGCGCCUACAGCUUUCUCAAAACAUUUGUCAAGAAUGCUGGCUCCAGUGCGCAUUUGCCAGAAGAAGAUAACGAUGCUGAGGAUGAGGAUCUGGCCGAUGGCGGCGGCGAGGCAACGGCCGCAAAGUCCGCAAAGAGAAAGGCCAAGAACCAGGUCCCGUCAAGCAUGACAUUGAGCAAAUUGGGACUAUGCGGAAUGGCACUAGUUGAGGAAUCCGCAGACUACAAAUCGCUAUUCAGUACCGGUGUGGGUCAGCUUGAGGCUGGCCAUGUCAGUGCCCUUGAUAUCAAGUUGCUCGAGAAGCAAAUGGAGCUCUUGCUCUGGGACAGGGGUUCUGGGAUUGGGCGAUGGGGUUUGCUGGGCAAGUUGGAUUCAUCCGCUGAACGCAUCAAGUGGAACUUUGGUGAUGCUGAUGAGGAGUCCAAAGCUUUUUCCAGCGGCAAUGCUCAGCAAGUGGCCAAGGUGGCAAAGAAGGUCCAAAGCCAACGGCUUAUGCUGCAGGUGAAAGACCUUAAGAACAAUGAGGCCUUGCAAAGGAGUCUGGAAUUCCCAUUUCUGGGUUCUGUGAGCACUGUUCGGACGGCGCACUCCAUUCCUCUUUGCAAGGUGUUUGACGUUCCCUUUUUCAUGAAUGCGCCGCCAAACCCGAGUCCGACAAGUCCAGUUGUGAUUCCUGCUUGGCUCGUGGGAACAACCAACAAAAAGGAUAAAGCUACCUUGGUCGAGAACCAAGUCGUGUGUCAGCUCGCUACUCGACGUUGCAUUUUGCUAACUCCAAACAAUCUCGCAGUGACAACGGCUAUCGCUGAAUCAGAUGAUGAACUCCCCAUGGUCAAGUACAUUCCAACAAAGAAGGAAAGGAGCAUACAGGCCUUUGAGGAAACUUGUUCGGGUGCUGAUACACCGUUCGAAUUUGGUUUUCCAGCUGCUUUGACCGAGAGGCGCACGGCCAUGGAAGGUGCGGGGUUGGCCACGUCUUUGCCAACUCUGACUAAAGAGCAAAAGAAAUUGGAGAAAGAAAAGAAGAAAGCUCUCACCAAUGCAAAACACUUGCUCCACUAA